GCUUCAUAAGCGUAUAUAUAUCAGCAGAAAAAAUCAUUUUAUUUCAUCGCCACUUAACUUCCACUUCAAUCAAUUCAAUCCAAACAGAGCCUUAACCCUUUCUUCGUUUAACCUCUUUAUUCUUCCUCUUCAAUUCUGCGUCGCGAGUGUACAACCAUGGCAGUUUUCCUUCAACAUCAGAUUCCACCGCCGAAAUUGUUCUCUCCUCGAUCCUGACACUCUUUCGAUUUUUCAUGUUGGUUGCAGAAAUUGAGGACUGCAGCUUAUAAUAGACAACAAGUUUCUAUUGAAAUGGGGGAGUUCACGGGUAGCGGUAGUGAGUAUGUGGCUGUAGGUGAAUCGUCUUCCCCGAGAACAAAUCACAUGAGGAAAGUUUCAGUUCUACCGCUUGUGUUUCUUAUCUUCUAUGAGGUAUCAGGAGGACCUUUUGGCGUUGAGGAUACUGUGAAAGCAGCUGGUCCUUUGUUAGCUUUACUUGGAUUUUUGGUUUUUCCGUUUAUAUGGAGUGUCCCGGAAGCUUUGAUUACUGCCGAAAUGGGUACCAUGUUCCCUGAAAAUAGUGGUUACGUUGUGUGGGUGUCGUCUGCUUUGGGUCCUUUUUGGGGGUUUCAGCAAGGUUGGAUGAAAUGGCUUAGUGGCGUGAUCGAUAAUGCUUUGUAUCCAGUUCUGUUUCUUGAUUAUCUUAAGUCAGCAAUUCCGGCUGUUGGUGGUGGUUUAACUAGAGUAUUUGCAACAUGGGGUUUGACUAUAGUUCUUACUUAUUUGAACUAUAGGGGUUUAACUAUUGUUGGACUUGUUGCUGUUUGUUUAGGGAUUUUCUCGCUUCUCCCAUUUGUUUUCAUGGGGUUGUUGUCCAUUCCAGAUAUGAAACCUGCAAGAUGGUUGGAGACUACUAAUCUAAAUGAGGUUGAUUGGAAUUUGUAUUUGAAUACUCUAUUUUGGAAUCUCAAUUAUUGGGACUCCAUAAGCACUCUUGCUGGUGAAGUUGAGAAUCCGAAGAAAAACCUUCCCAAAGGUUUGUUUUAUGCUUUAAUCCUGGUUGUUGUGGCAUACUUCUUUCCUCUUCUGAUUGGUACUGGUGCUGUUCCGGUUCAGCGCGAGUUGUGGACUGACGGGUACUUCGCUGAUAUUGCAAUGAUCAUUGGAGGAGUGUGGUUGAGAUGGUGGCUUCAGGCUGCAGCUGCAAUGUCAAACAUGGGAAUGUUCGUUGCUGAAAUGAGCAGUGACUCUUUUCAGCUUCUUGGAAUGGCAGAGAGGGGAAUGUUGCCAGAGUUUUUCACCAAGAGGUCUCGCCACGGAACGCCUCUUAUAGGGAUUCUUUUUUCAGCCUCUGGUGUAAUUCUGCUAUCAUGGCUUAGUUUCCAAGAAAUUGUAGCUGCAGAGAAUUUCUUGUACUGUAUUGGGAUGAUUCUGGAGUUUAUUGCAUUCAUAUUGUUGAAGAUCAGACACCCAAAUGCACCUCGGCCUUACAAAGUACCAGGGGGAACAGCUGGAGCAAUUAUUAUGUGCAUCCCUCCAACAAUAUUGAUCUGUGUGGUAUUAGCUUUCUCCUCCCUCAAAGUAUUUCUUGUAAGCCUCGUUGCUAUGGCGAUUGGUCUUGUGUUGCAGCCUUGUCUCAAAUUUAUGGAGAAAAAGAGAUGGAUGAAGUUCUCACAUAGUCCCGAGCUACUUGAUAUUGUCAACAGAGCGGCGGACACUGAAUCUUUGGUGCAAUAAAUUUGUACCUAUGAAGCAUGGAAACAACACAGACACCAACACGUCGACGGCACCGGUAAUAAUUUGAGAAAAAUUUAAUGGAAUCAUAUGUGUCGGUGUCAGACACUAAUGCAUGUCUGACACUGGGUCAUGCCUAAUUGGAGUAGUGUACGUGCUUCAUAGAUUUCUACUGUUUCAAUUUGUUUUGAUAAUAAUGUGGAGAGGUACUCUAUGGUCUUUUAUCCAUAAUAGUUGCGCUUUUCACCUUCUCCGACACAACCACACCAUCAAAAGGCAGCUUUGUAUUUCAUGCUUUUGGCACUUUAGCUAUUUACCUAUCUCUGUAGUUUUGUAAUAGAUGAGAUCUCAAUUAGAAACCUGGAAACUAAUAUUUAGAAUGUCUUCAAUUUUGUCUGUUUUCAAUUUUGUUUGCUUCUUUGCAUCAAAUAUGUUUUGUACAAACUUAUUUACUUUGAACAAUAAUAAAAUGAUGUUUAGAAACUUA